UUGAGAAGGUUAACCGACUCAAACUCAUUCUUUAGUAUAAUGGAAAGACAGUUGAGAAAAGUGAUUUGUGUAGCAAUUCUGAUUAAAGCUGCACUGCAACCCUCAACUAUGACGGGGGUUGGCUUUAGAAAAGAGUAAUUUCCCAAUCAUGCCUGUGCUUCCUUCUGGGUUGGUGGGCUCUGUGCCAAAAGCCCCAGAGCCUAUGUAUACAGGGCGGCGAGCAGAGUAAACCACAAAAGUCAGAGCCCAGAGCUGUGCAGACCUCUGGCGCUAUGCGGUACCUACCUUGCCUGUUGCUGUGGGCUUUCCCACAGGUCUGGGGACAGUCUGAAGUCCAGCAAAAGAAUUACACCUUCCGCUGCCUGCAGAUGUCUUCCUUCGCCAACAGAAGCUGGUUCCGCACAGACAGUGUGGUCUGGUUGGAGGAUCUGCAGACCCACCGUUGGAGUAAUAAUUCAGACACCAUCAGCUUCACGAAGCCCUGGUCCCAGGGCAAGCUCAGUAACCAGCAGUGGGAGAAGUUGCAGCGUCUGUUUCAAGUCUAUCGAGUCAGCUUUACCAGUGACAUCCAGGAACUAGUCAAAAUGAUGGUACCUAAAGAAAACUAUCCCAUUGAGAUCCAGUUGUCUGCUGGCUGUGAAAUGUACCCUGGGAAUGCUUCACAGAGCUUUUUACAUGUGGCAUUUCAAGGAGAAUAUGUCGUGAGAUUCCAGGGAACAACCUGGCAGAAGGUCUCAGGGGCCCCAUCUUGGUUAGACUUGCCCAUCAAAGUGCUCAACGGUGAUCAAGAGACAAAAGAAAAGGUGCAGAUGCUCCUGAAUGACACCUGCCCUCAGUUUGUCCGUGGCCUCCUAGAGGCAGGGAAGGCAGAUCUAGAGAAGCAAGAGAAGCCAGUGGCCUGGUUGUCCAGUGGCUCCAACCCUGCACAAGGCCAUCUGAAGCUGGUGUGUCAUGUCUCUGGUUUCUACCCAAAGCCUGUGUGGGUUAUGUGGAUGCGGGGUGACCAGGAGCAACAGGGGACUCACAGAGGUGACAUUCUGCCGAAUGCUGAUGAGACAUGGUAUCUUCAAGCAACCCUGGAUGUGGAGGCUGGAGAGGUAGCUGGCCUGGCCUGCAGGGUGAAGCACAGCAGUCUAGGAGGGCAGGAUAUCAUCCUCUACUGGGGUGCAGGACAAGUAUCCAUGGGCCUGAUCUUCUUGAUAGUAGCAAUACUCGUUCUAUUGUUGUGUGCCAUAGCCUUCUAUAUCAGGAAAAAGAGAUGUCCUCUCUCUUCUUCCAGCACCUAUCAAGACAUCCUGUGACUCUUCCUAAGAUCUGCCUCUCCUGAAAUUCAGAACUUCCAGGUUCUAGGACUUCAGUCCUGGUCUGCUCAGGAACUGAGGAUGAAGGAGAGGAAUCUUGAAAAAGUGAAGAGCAACCAGUUCACUUUUUAAAUAUUAAUUAUAAGAAAUUAGUUUUUUAAUUGUUUUAUACACUUGGGUAGUUCAGAACAAACACAACUUCAAAUGUGCAUACCUGCCAGAAACAAGCUGUGGGUAGUAUUUUAUGGAAUUUGCACUGAACUAUAAAGCACAUCUCCUAUCCAAACAGAUGCUUUGGGGUUUUUGGCAAGUGUAAAGUCCAACACCAACAUGGCUGUACUUUGUAUUUUUCAAGAUAACUAGAAAAAAAUGGAUUUUGUAUGUAUGUGUGAGACACACAGAUUUUAAAAUGUAAACUAAAAUAUUUGCAAAUGUUUGCUAUGUUGUUUACAAACCUGUUGACUAAUGAUAACCUUGUAGUUUGUGGCUCUUUUUAAAAUGUUUGUUUUAAAUAUCAUUAUCAUAAGUUUAGGGCACAGUCUCUAUUGAAAAUUUGCAUUAAUGACUGAAAAAUAUGUUCUCUUUAAAAUAAAAGUAGGGUAUAAGAUGAAAAGGAA